UCGUGCAGUGUGAGAAUAAAUAUUAUUAUCCCGAAUCUCUCCGUUACACAGUUUAUUAGAGUGCUUACAAUCGUAUACCAGUGCUAUGCAUCAAAGUGAGAAGGGAAGUGCUAUCGUCAAGAAGGAAAAUAAAACUUGAGUGCAUAGAAAGAAAAAAACAAACGGCACGACCUUAUGUAAAUUUUCUAGCAAACAAAUAUACUUAAAUAUAUAUGAUGUAUGGAUAUGUAUUGUAGAAUUGUUUAAACUAAAAAAAAAUGGCAGAAAAUUUUGAAAGAGAUAUUCCAACAAUGUAUACAAACGAAGAACCGAAAAAAGCUGGUCAGCCACUUUCUGAUUUCCUUUUACAAUUAGAAGACUAUACACCAACGGUACCUGACGCUAUUAGUGAACAUUAUUUGCACACUGCUGGUUUUAAUUCUACUGAUCCUAAAAUAGUGCGUUUAGUAUCAUUAGCUGCUCAAAAAUUCAUAUCGGAAAUUGCUAAUGACGCUCUUCAACAUGGUAAAACACGCGGUGCUAAUCAAAACACAAAAACAAAAGGAAAGGAUAGACGUUAUAUGCUUACUAUGGAAGACCUGACUCCUGCAGUUGCAGAAUAUGGCAUUAUAGUUAAAAAACCACAUUACUUUGUUUAACCCAUUUGCAUUAUGACUCUACUUAAAUUACUGUGUUCAGACAUCAGCGUCAUUCAACUGAAGAUUGACCUGUAUCACAGUUUUGUUAUUUUCGUUAACUUCUACAGUAUAAGUGUUUUACAGUGCAUAGUUAACUUUUACAAAAACUGACUACAGAAUAGUUUAAGAAGCUUAUUUAACAUGGUAUUUUUUAAAAUGAUCGAUGCAUAAUGUUACAUCAUAAACAUCACAUUUAGAAACUGUUUUUUUUUAAUAAACAUAGAUAAGCAUUGAACGUAUCGCUUUGAUAUUUUGAUCCUCUUGCUAGUGUUGGAGGUAUCCAUAUAGGAAAAUGCUAGCUAGUAUAUCGUGUUAAUGAAUAAUUGACAGAUGAUGCCUUUGUUACUCUUAUGUUUGCUAAAUAUUUUUUAAUAAUUUUUUGGGCUAAUCUUUGCUUGUAGACAUGGAAAGCUCGACUUUUUUUAUUGCUUUUGAAAAUUAUAUAACUGUUUAUAUAAUAAUAAUAUAACAUCAUGUCUAUGUCUCAUAUAAAAAAAUAUUUUUUAUAGACUCUUUUACAUCUUCGCAUAGUGUGAAAUUUGUUUAACAUUUAAUUGUCAACAUCAACUUCACCCAUAUUCUUAUUGUAAUAUAUUACUACUGACGGUUUUGAAAUUUUUUGUCCUGUAUAUAUGUUUAUUUUUUUCAUUUCGGCAAAAUCUAAAGUAUACAUUGUUGUUAAUAAAACAUCUUUUUCAUCUUUCCACUUUAUAGUCGUCAUAUCUGAUGUAGAAAAUGCAUAGUUUCUGUCUUUACAAAUUGGAGGAAUUUAGUUUCUAAGGCAUUCCUUUUUUAUUCAUCCUUGUUGUUUCACAUACGUUUGUUUGUACAUUAUAUAAUUUUCGAUAUAAAGUCAAUGAAUUAUACCAAUUAUCAAUAAACAAACAGUAUCCUUUGUA